AUGGCACAGCGAGAUGCUAGCCCAGACAGCUUCGCACAGGUCCAGGCCGGAGUUCUAGACAGAGAGAACGAGAAGGACGGUGGUAUUGUGUGUACCGGAUCUUCUUCAAGCACAGCGGCCACCUCAUCCUCACGUACCUCCCCAUCCCAGAGGAAUCCUCAGACCGACGUCGAAGCCCUCCGCCACGAUGCCUCGUCCUUGAACCGCGUUCACACGUCGAAGAGCCAACAUUCGCAAACAGUCGGCGACGGCGCCCGUGGUGGUCUCGGUGUCUUCCGCAGCAGGUCUACGCGUUCUCGCCCACUACCAGCGUUCGGCGCAGGGAAACCGUAUCCUCCUCCUCUCGGCAACCAAGAGGAUUAUGUCGUCGAGUUCGAUGGGGAAGAUGACCCGUUGCAUGCGCAGAAUUGGGCGUUGGGGAAGAAGUUGUUUACUGCGCUUAUGCUAGGGUUUACGACAGUCACAGCGUCAUUCGCUAGUUCGAUAUUCAGUACCGCGACAAGAGCUAUCGAGCUACAGUUCAACGUCGGCUACGUUGUCGCUACGCUGGGCACAUCAUUGUACAUCCUAGGCUUUGCGACGGGACCGGUUCUUUGGGCACCGUUCUCAGAGCUCAAGGGAAGGAGACUCCCGCUUGUGGUGGCAUCGUUUGGCUUCUCGGUCUUCAACAUUGCGUGUGCGACGGCGAAAGACUUGCAGACUAUCUUAAUCUGUAGGUUCUUCGCGGGGUUCUUCGGCGCGUGUCCGAUUACCAUUGUCGCCGCAGUCUUCGCCGACAUCUCCUUCAUGGGUUUCGCCUCCUUCACCCUCAUGCUCCUCUUCCUCGACGAAUCCUACCCACCCAUCAUCCUCGUCGCCAAAGCCGCCGAACUGCGCCGCCGCACAAAGAACUGGGGUAUCCACGCCAAGCAAGAAGAGAUCGAAGUCGAUUUUCGCGAACUCAUCGAGAAGAACUUUUCGAGGCCGCUUAGGAUGCUGGUCACGGAGCGUAUUGUACUGCUGCUCAGUAUAUACAUCGCCUUCAUCUACGGAUUGCUAUAUCUCUUCCUCACAGCAUAUCCGAUCGUAUUCCAGGGCGUCCAUGGUAUGAACCCGGGUGUUGGUGGUCUGCCGUUCUUCGGAAUGAUCAUUGGGGAGUUGUUCGCUGGCGUGUUUAUCUUUGCGAGGCAGCCGGGAUACCAGAAGAAGCUCGCUGCUAACAACAAUGUUCCCAUCCCGGAGUGGCGGUUACCCGAGGUUAUCGUGGGUGGUGUCGCUUUCGCGGGAGGCUUGUUCUGGUUCGGAUGGACUGGGUAUCGCGCCGAUAUCCAUUGGAUCGUGCCUACGUGCUCUGGAUUGCUCAUCGGAUUUGGCAUCAUGAGUAUCUUUCUGCAGUCGUUCAACUAUAUCAUCGACGCCUAUCUCAUGUUCGCCGCUUCGGCGAUCGCAGCGAAUACGUUCCUUCGUAGCAUAUGGGGGGCAGCGUUUCCUCUCUUCGCGAAAGAGAUGUUCGAGGGUAUGGGCGUUGAAUGGGCUUCGACUCUACUUGGAUGUUUCGCUGCUGCCAUGAUACCCGUGCCGGUUUGGUUCUACCUCCAAGGUGCGAAGAUUAGGUCGAAGAGUGCGUAUGCGCCGACGAGUAAGCCUGCAUCGGCACCUUCGGAGGAGUGA